ACUUCCCGUUCGGUCGCCACACAUAACACCGAAGACCUCCUUUUGGUCGCCGUCAUCAGCAGCAGGAGGCAUCAUCGGAGCUCCAUUAGCCCCCGUCAGCCGCACAGAACAAUGGCCAGUAGUGAUACCGAGGCCAGCACUCUGACUGCUGCUGAAAUUUCAUCCUCAACCAGUAGCAAGGAACCAGUUAAUGAGCAAAUGGUUGCAAAUUUGUAUGCUGCUAUGAGAACCGAACUCAAUCGGAUUUACUCAAAGAUCACUGAACUCGAAAUGGAAGUUAGCGAGCACUCCUUGGUUAUAAAUGCCAUUCAGCCGCUGGAUCCAUCAAGACGAUGCUAUCGCAUGAUUGGAGGGGUGCUGGUGGAGAGAACCAUCAAAGAGGUUCUGCCAGCCGUGCAGCGCAACAAGGAGGGCCUUGAAGAGGUUAUCGCUAGGCUUAAUGAGACAUUGGAAAAGAAGAAAAAGGAAAUUGCUCAGUUCGAGGCCAAAUAUAAAAUCAGAAUAAGAAAGCCAGAACAAGAAGAGAAAGACGACAGUGGCCGGAAAGAAGGUUCUGCACAAGGAGUUCUUGUAGGCCCUGCUGGUGCAAGUGAUUGAAAAUUUUUCCAUUAUAUUUAGCUGGGUGCCAUUAAUCUGAAUGUCUGGAGUUUAGGAUCAUUCUGAGUAGUACUUGGUAUUUUGGUUGCUUGGAUCUCAAAUAGACUGUUUGUCUUUGUAUUUGAGAGAAUCUUGAGGGGGAAACUGACAAAUACAUAUUCUCAGUGCUCUUAAUCGACUAGUACUACAUAUUUGUAUAAUCAUUAUAUAGGUAGAUCGUGCUUGUUGAGUGCAUGUACAUCAUGAUAUUUGGAUUUUCUUUUCUCAUGUCUGCCAUGUGCUUGUUUUGGUCAAGUUUCACUGUUAUUUGGAGUGUUUA